CUUUAAGGCGGUGCUUCAAUGUAAAAGGAGGUAGAUACACAUGUACAGUACAUGCUUUUGGAGACUAGUUGUGUUUGUUUCUUUCCCUGGGCACAACGAUCCCCUGUGUUUCGCCAUAUUGGGUAACACGCUGUUGUGACAGAUAUAAACAGAAAAUGCCUCCUAAAAAGAAAGUAGAAGCCAAUGUUCCAACUCCUUUUUUUGGAAGAUUGGGAUCGAAUCUAAAGAUUGGUAUUGUAGGAUUACCAAAUGUAGGGAAAUCCACUUUUUUCAACACAUUAACCAAAAGUCAAGCUACUGCAGAAAAUUUUCCAUUCUGUACAAUAGACCCUAAUGAAAGCAGAGUUCCAGUUCCAGAUACAAGAUUUGAUUAUCUCUGUGAACAUUAUAAACCAGCCAGCAAGGUUCCAGCAUUUCUAAAUGUUACAGACAUUGCUGGACUUGUGAAAGGGGCACAUGAAGGGAAAGGAUUAGGAAAUGCCUUUUUGUCAAAUAUUAAUGCUUGUGAUGCAAUAUUCCAUGUCAUCAGAGCAUUUGAUGAGGAAGAAAUUAUUCAUGUUGAAGGAGAUGUUGAUCCUGCUAGAGAUUUAGACAUAAUACAUAGUGAGCUUCGGUUCAAAGAUUUGGAGUAUUUACAUAAACAGCUUGAUCCAUUAGAGAAAUCAGUGGCCAGAGGUGCUGAUAAACAUAGGAAAGCUGAACAUGAUUGUUUAGUAAAGGUUCGAGAAAUACUGCAGGCAGGAAAAUGGGUUCGAAAUGGAACAUGGGAUAAUAAAGAGAUUGAUGUUUUGAAUCAACAUUUAUUUUUAACAGCCAAGCCUGUUAUAUAUUUAGUGAAUAUGUCUGAGAAAGAUUACAUCAGAAAGAAGAAUAAAUGGUUAGUUAAGAUAAAGGAAUGGAUUGAUGCUAACGAUCCUGGAUCUAUAGUCAUUUUGAUGAGCUGUGCUAUAGAGUUAAAAUUAUUUGACAUGGAACAAGAUGAAAAAGAAGCUUAUUUCAAGGAGAAAAAUACAACAAGUGCCCUGGAGAAAAUUAUUGUGACUGGUUACAAGGCCCUGAAUUUAAUAUAUUUCUUCACAGUAGGAAAGGACGAAGUGAAGGCAUGGACAAUGCAUGUGGGCACCAAAUCUCCACAGGCUGCUGGUAGAAUACAUACCGACUUUGAAAGAGGUUUUAUUAUGGCAGAAGUGAUGGGAUUCAAUGAUUUCAAAGAGCAUGGUUCAGAAGCAGAAUGCAAGGCAAACGGCAAGUACAGACAGAAGGGACGUGAUUAUGUUGUAGAAGAUGGGGACAUUAUCUUGUUUAAAUUCAAUGCUGGAGCAGGAUUAAAGGACAAAAAGAAAUAAAGUUAUUCACAAACAGAAAGAAUUUUAUUCACAAACAUAAAUAAAUUAUUAAAAUUCUA